AAAAAAGUUGUCUUGUCUAUUAUAUCGUGUUUUAGAGUUAGAACAACCACGUCUACGCCCCAACCAUGCAGCCUGACUGACCUUGUAUGUGCAACGAUAUGCUGGUAGUAGACAGUUAUCAAAUUCAAAACCUCCAUGUCCACUUCAUCUACAAAAGCUAAAAAUUACUUCUAAUUCAUUGUCGCGUUGAUUUGUAGAACAGGGUUUUCUUUUUCAACAACCACGUCGCAGGAAAAAUGGCGCAUCCUUUGACUCAGAUUGAUGCGCUAGAGGCGAAGGUUGCUGAUCUCGAAGACGCGGGGGAUCGGGAUGGCGUUAUCGAGGCGCGCAUCCAUCAACUGGCCCUCACACAACUCUGUACGGCUUCGAAACUAGUAAAUAUGAGGUACAAGUCCUCUGAUUGAAUUUGAAACUGUUCAUGAUGUACUUACUUCUUUUUGAUGUUGUAAGUUUUGUUUCAUAAAAAACGCUAAGACGAUAGUUCCCAUGCUCGCCUUAGCGACUGUGGCCUGCGCUCAAGGUGAAGGUCUUGACUGCUUGUAUUCAUUCAUCGCACGAGAGACGCAAGUUCGUGAAUCGGUUUCCUUAGUGUUUCUGCACGCGUGGCUUCAUCAUCUAUCGUUUGUUUGAGAGAUCGUUUUGUUAUCAGAAAAGGCUCGUUCGAAUUUGUAUUUGUCCCACAAGUCGAGCUGCCGUAAAUCGUUUUGGUCUUGUCUGUUACUUGUCUGUCGUGCUCUGUUGAUGCUCGUGUUUCGGCUGAGGGAGGCUGUUGAUCAUGUGAAGAUCAUCGGUCAUGUGUGACGUCUUAAGGGAUAUGCGAGGAGAAUUCCGUUUCCGAUCGCCUACGGUUCCUGCGGAACACUGCGCGACAAUAGAUGCUAACAAGAAGCCAAGAUCCCGCGAUCGGGUAAGUGCUGUCUCGUCCAGUGGUUGUUCGACUCCAUGGAAGUGAUGAAUGCGAAGGUGCUGGUGGUGUAGGUGAGCCGCUGGAGAGAGACGUUUUCAAUGAAGAAGGUCACACUCUGCACUAUACACUGUUUUGUUUGUUUGUUUGUUUGUUUGUAUUGAUGCGCUCCGGGCAACGCGUACGAUCUCACGGGGUCUUUCUGUGCUUCCUCGUGUGUUUUGUGCCAUGGUGUGACUGUUGAAAUGAUGACGAUACACUGUCCGAAUGCUGAUAAGAUAAUGUUGAUGAUGAUGAUGACGAUGUGGAUUCCACAAAGCUCGUUCCUCCCAUUUCUGUCACAAUCUGCUCUGCAUCUUGCUUUCAGAAUUGGCUAUGCCGCGAAACGCGAUGACUCAGGAUUAGUAGAGAUUUGGAGUGGUGCUUCAAUUCUUUAUGGGCCGUCUUUGCCUCAGGCUGGACCCCUCGAUUAUAAGCCCAUCAAGCCUUCAGGUUUUUGGAUAGCUUGUGUUCAUUCGUAGAUUUUCUCACGUUGCGUCUUGCGUCUUCUCUUCUGAGGCGGGCGCAGAGCAUCGCAUAGUCUAGGUGCUGGCAUGCUAGCCAGUGAUAGACUUAAUGGAAUGGAAUGUUGUAAGUAACUAAAAAAUUAUGCGACGAUGAAGGUGAGCAUGAGUGCCAUGGACUACCCUUGUAUGACUGGUGACUUAUUCUUUUUCACGAGACGAGCGCAAUGUGUUACAUCUACCUAGCCUCUCUAAUGCUCUAGUCGAUGUACACGAUUUGCCGAUCGCGGCAGCGUGUCAUCAGCAUUGUUUACUUAGCGAGGCGUAUAGUAUGGGUGGAUACGUCCCACAAGCAUUGGAGCAUAUUCACUACGGACAGCAGAUCGUGGAAAGCCAGAUAUACGAUAACGGACCGUCACAACGACUAGGCUCCUCUCUGGCGUUGGCAGAGGGCUUUGUUACGGAAAGGCGUUAUUCUUACACUGAAAAUAUUUGUGAUUUUGAUAGUCUCUCGUUAUUGAGUGCCACUGGUUUUCGUAUGAUUGUUUGAUUUGAUGUGAAAGAAAGUAACAGUUGUUGUACGUAGCAGGUCCUACUCGUAAUUGAGUGCGCACUACAACCACAAGUGCAGCUAGAAAAUUGUAAUUGAGAGGUUGAGGCUGAGUUUCAAUUUCAGAAUCGCUUAGCAUAGAUGAAUUAGCAAACAGCACUGUGGAAACAUUAUUUUUUAGACUUCUGAGAAUAACGUCGUAGCUUCAUAACGAACUCGUCACGACGCCUACUUACGCGACAGACGACGAUCAUAAAAGAAAGAAAUCGAUUGUAGUCGACCAAGCGCCCUCCGGCAAGUACAUCUUUCUAUUGAUUCUGAAAAUCGAUACUAUCCUCUCUCUUCACUGCCACGUGCCCGCUUCAAUACCACGUAUGUUGCUGAAGGCAAGGAUUACCCGACAGCACUAUCGACACUGCAGAAAGCAGCGACUCUCUUGAAGCAGGCUUACGGACCAGAAGACUUGCAGUAUGGCUUCAGACUAAAUGGUCGUGACUAUCACCGUUUUGAGAUGGCGCAAGUAGGUGGUCUCGAUAAGAAGAGGACCGGUUGAUGAUCGCUCAAAUGAAUAAAUGUAUAUUUAUAUUAUAAAUUAGAGUAGUUUAUAGAACGGAUGUAGGAUGGACUUGGAUGGAUCGGAUGGACCCCCCUGAUUCUUCCGAUCCUAAUUGAAAUGGUGGAAAGUCCAUCCGUUCCAUCCGAUCCAUCCCAUCCCGGAUCUGGCACCCCUAUAAACUGCUCUAAUAAAUUAUAAAAUGUUGUAGUCCUCUUCCUCAUGUAAUCGUUAUCAAGGUCCUUCUUCAAUUAUGCUCUUGUCCAGCUACGAGAUAAUAUUUUUUCUUGUGCUUCUUCUAGGUGGCGUAGGUAGUGUCCUAUAUUUUCUUUGGGACCGACAUCAAUACCAAUCUGCUCUGCAUCGACCACCCUAUGUCGUGGGCCACCCCCUCCUUUCAAAAGGAACUAGCACGUGCGCAUGAGCUUCUCGGAAAAGUAACAACGGUGCGUAAGGAAUACUCAGCUGCCCUGGAACACCUGAGCACCGCGUGGGAAAUCCGUGAGCAUUGCUUGGGAUGGGAGAACGACCAGACGCUUAUGCUUUGGCUCGACAUGGCCUGGGUCCACCAUUUAAAUGGAGAACAAGAAGAAGCAUUGUAAAUAGUUACAACCUCUGUCUACAAGCUACAUAUGUAUUACUUUUACUGGUGUGAUUUUGACUUUUCAUCUGCAUGGCUUUUCAUACUAGGCUUGUAUGAGUAAUAAAUAUCGGUCUACAACUCUUCUGCAGGUCCUUGCAAACAUCUGUGGUCGAUAAAGUCAUCAAGCUGAACAAAUUUCCACACUUGGCGGCGGAUGCGGUAUUACGACUCGCAAAAUGGACGGAUACUAAAACCGCACUUGACAAACUGAAAGCAGUCGAACAGAUUGGUACAAGAACCAGAAGAUGAUGUAAAUAAAUCAGCAUGACUUGGAAUGCAAUUUUCGAAUGAAGUAAUCUUGUCAUUGACAUUUAAACAACGCGCGGCUUGAAUAUUCUUUUCUUUCUUCAAUCCUGCAGUGUUGCAGCAACUAGGACGUGAGGAGCAGAAGAGUGUCGAGGUCAAGCGAGAACUAGCACUCAUACUCAUCAAGCGACGAGAACACGACCAGGCCCUCGAGUACCUCCGAGAGGUUCAAUUUCUCGAACGCACUCUGUUUUUAUGAUCUGAGGACAGUUGUAGUUUUAUUACAAAUCAUACUCAGACAGUCUGUGUCUGGCUCAGACUCAGGGAACUCAUGUAUUCUUUUAUUUUCAGACACGCUUGUCGUAAUCAUGAAAUACCUGGUCAUCCUUCUCUCCCAAUCGACGACGACGACUUCUUUUUUAUUCCAAGUUGUGUACUAUAUUCUAAUUUGCGGGCCUCAAUCAGUGCAGCUAGCGCGCACGCUGAAAGCAUUGGGCACCGUGUACAUGCUGAAAGGUGGCAAGUACUUCGCAGACGCAUCCGACUGUCUAAACGCGGCGCUCAACAUUUUUGAUGCAUCUAUCAACACCGGAGCCAACAUUCAGGAUCUAAAGCAAAAGCUCCACAGUAUAGAGCUUCACCAACGCAGGAGUAGAGCUGAAUUCAGCAGGUGAUAUAACUACGAAGUAGCAAGUAGUGCAGUAGCUGUAGUUCAUCGCUAUAUUUCCCCUAAUUCAUUGGUGAAAAAAGACGCCUGGACAACGCAGCUACAGCUUUCUGCUAUUUUUCAGCUACAUCUUCAUCAAAAAAUAUUUCGGCAAUCUUGAAAAGUCCUUGUUCCGAUGUGGCACCACAGACACCCGCCUACCAAUGUGGCAAUAAAGAUAAUUUCUUGAAAAGUCAACUCACACACCCUCCACUGUGAUAUUACGGAUCGAAUUUCACACAUAUGGAUAUGCGGGCUUUAAUGGCAUAACUCACAUCUUCUCCACAGGAACAACUCCAAUGUGGCUACCGACUUGGUAAAACUAAAACCAC